GGGAUUUCCACUAUUUUUUGAAGUAGAAAUCGAACAAUUUUUUUCUGCUUUUUCUUUCGCAUCUCAUUAGAAAGCAACAUGAUUUUUUUUUUUAAAAGCAUAAAAAUUAAAAAUUAAAAAAAUAGAAGAAUUGGUACGUGCGGGAGUUUCAGUUUCCUCUAGGAGGCAUUUUGAUUUUUUGACACAUUAAAAAUAAAAUUAACGAAAAAUUCCUUCUUAUUAUUCUGGUGAGCCACUAUCAAAGAUAUUUGUAGCAAAAAGUAAUGGAGGACACGUAGGGCCUAAGGAACAGACAGAUGGUGUGUGGUUAAGAAACUGAGUCUCUCUCUCUCUCUCCUCCAUGUCCUAACACCAUGUCUCAAUACACAUUCUCUUCAAUACUCAUUUUUUUCUUCUAAGUUCUGAGCCAUCCUUUAUAUAUGUCAUCUCUCUCUAUCUUCAUUCUUACAUGCAUUGAGAAUUUACAUGAAGAGGGAGAGAAAGAAACAGAAACUUGAGGUCAAGGAGGAGAGGAAAAUGGAGGUGGCGGUGGUAGUGGAGCAAGUUGAUGCGUUGGCUGCAGCAGCGAUGGUAGCUGCGGCUGCGGCCGUUGAGGAGGAGGAACUGUGGGGAAUGAGGCUCACGGAAGGAGACGUUGUGGUCGACGAGCUGAUGACAUGGAGCACCGUGUUGCCCUCAUGUUGGAACGUGGAGUUUGUUGAGAAAAAUUAUGGAGUAUUGUUCGAAGAUGUUGUCUGGGAGGAUGAUCUUUGGAAUCUGAACACUUCCACUUAGCUCCCUCCUCCUUUAGAUAACAUAAGACAAGAUUGAAGUCGUGAGAUUCAAGGUUUUUUCAAUCGAUUCGGUUGUUCGGUUUAAGUUUAUAUGAACCAUAUAUUGUAUUUGUUUUGGUAUGGUUUUUUUGAGUUUUUGAUCAUGUUUUUACUAAAAGAAAAUAUCCUUAAUUCGAGGACUUUUUAUCAUAGAAAAUCAAGUUUGUUUUGGGUUUUGGUUUUUUCUUGGUUUAGUAUUAAGUUUUUUUGGUUGGGGGGGGGUUUUAAGAACAGGAACAAAGUUAAAAAAAGAACAUACAUUAUGUGCCC